GGGGGUUGUCACUGAGAGGAUGAGUGAGUGUGUCUGUGUGCGUGUACAUGUGGGAAGAACGUAAGUGCUGCAGUGGAAACAUUGUGAAGAGGACUGUUUGUGGUGCUGAUGCGAGCGCAGUCGAGGGACAUUAUUGAGGCAUUGUAACAUUUACCCUAAGUGCCUCUUUGGUGAAUGGGUUAGCCUGUUGUGGAGAACAGGAACACGGACAUACAGCAGUGCUGGGCCAGUGUGUGCAGCCUAAAUGAUGGGGAAGUGGAACUUGUUCAAGAAUAAGUCAUCAGAGGCCAGUGCACCAACUGUGCCACCAGCUCCUGUUGCACUAGUUUCUGUCGAAAAUGCCACCGAGCCAGCAACCAAGAACGAAAAGAACGAUGCCUUUGACGAGAUCAAAAACAAGUUCCUGAAUGAAAUCGACAAGAUCCCACUGCCAUCCUGGGCCAUCAUCGCCAUCGCUGUGGUAGCCGCUUUACUUAUUCUAACAUGUUGCUUCUGCAUCAUCAAGAAAUGCUGCUGCAAGAAGAAGAAGAACAAGAAGGGCAAGAAGGGGAAGGGUGACAUGGGAAUGAAGAACCUGAAAGGGGGAGAGAAACCGCAGGACGACGAUGACGAAGAAGACGACAUUGAACCCGGACUGACUGGAGAUGAGAAAGAGGAGGAGGUGAAGGAGAAGGAAAAACUCGGGAAGCUACAGUACUCCAUUGAUUAUGACUUCCAAGAAAACAAGCUGACUGUGGGAAUCCUGCAGGCAGCAGACCUCCUCUCCAUGGACAGUGGUGGCACCUCUGACCCCUACGUUAAGGUCUACGUCCUCCCCGACAAGAAAAAGAAGUUUGACACAAAGGUUCACAAGAAAACACUCAACCCCGUCUUCAAUGAGACCUUUACCUUCAAGAUUCCAUUCCAAGAGAUGGGCGGGAAAACUCUGGUGAUGUCAGUCUACGACUUUGACCGCUUUUCAAAACAUGACGUCAUCGGGGAGAUUAUACCCAUGAAUACCCUGGAUCUGGCAAAGCCAAUCAGGAGCUGGAGAGACCUGGACAGUGCAGAUCAAGAAGAGCCGGAGAAGCUGGGUGACAUUUGUAUCUCUCUGCGUUAUGUUCCCACUGCUGGCAAACUCACCAUCUGUAUUCUGGAAGCCAAGAACCUAAAGAAGAUGGAUGUGGGUGGGCUGUCAGAUCCCUAUGUGAAGAUUAACCUGCUGCAGAAUGGGAAGAGGCUGAAGAAGAAGAAGACGACAGUGAAGAAGAACACUUUAAAUCCUUAUUACAACGAGUCAUUCAGCUUUGAAAUUCCUCUCGAGCAAAUGCAGAAAUCCAAGCUGAUCACAGUGCUGGAUUAUGACAAGAUUGGCAAGAACGAUGCCAUUGGAAAGAUCUGGGUGGGAAGCAAGGCCACAGGGGCUGGCCUGAAACACUGGUCCGACAUGCUGGCCAACCCCCGCCGCCCCAUCGCCCAGUGGCAUCCACUGCAGCCAGAGGAGGAAGUGGAUGGCGCCCUCGCAGCCCUGACUGCCAAGAAGUAAACUCCAACCAGAAUACAUCGUCCCCACCUCCACCUACUCACGCAUAUCUCAUCAACUCCCAGAAUCCCACACAUCCGUGUAUGAUCCACGAGAACACCUUGACCAUACUUCCCUUCCCGUUCCACCUCCACCUUUUAAAAGGCUCCAUAGAUUCCAUUCAGCAAGAGAUAGUAUUAUGUUCCAUGACAUGAUUGAAAAAAAGAAGUUACAGGACGGACAGAUGUUCCGUUGAUUUCCUUUAGAUCUAUUUUUGUAUUGGGGUUCCAUUAAUAAGAAUAGAGAGCAGACUAUGAAGAACAGGAAUGUGGCGAUAGAGGAAUUGAACAUGCAUUUACUCAUAUUGUACUUCCCUUUAGUGACAGUUUGCUUAGAAUAUAGUGCUUAAUAAUAAAAAUGCUUUAUACUGCCAUAUAAUAGAGAGAUAACACAAGCAGGUCCAUUCCUUAGGUGUGUAUUGUGCACCAUGUUCCUCACCUGCCACUAGAUAAUUUAUUAGUUUGAAGUACAUUCCUAGAGUUGGGUAGCGAGUAGGCACAUAUCCAGUUACCCAGAAACACACUGCCUUUUUGAUUAGUUCCCCUCCCACCCAUCGUCUCAGGAAACCUGAGAGGAAAACUGAAACUCCAUGCCUUUUUUUCCUAAACGGGUUACUCAAACGCUCCACUGGAUUCGAAAUUGUGUGCGGUGACGUGAGACUCACGACUGGCAUUAGCUUUGUUCCUGAGCUGGUAGAGAAACUAGGUAUUGUGUUUGUGACUCUGCUAGCGGCUGCGUCUGCUCCAAUAAUGACCGAUUCCGACCGCCAGUGACAUGAUAUUUACAAGGUGAUGAUUGCUGCCUGCAGGCCGCCACCGACCCUCCCAAACGCGUCCGAUUCUGUAUCUCACUCGUUCAGUGCUACUGCCAUUCGUCAUGGACUUGACACAGGGGUUUUACUUCAAAGGAAUCCCUAAAAUGUCUUACAGUCAUAAAGGAGACAAGCCUUCCAAGUAACAAAA